UCAUUUACGAUUUAACCGGCAGUCGUGCAGUCUCUUUUCUCAAACGUUUUCCGUAGACGAUAAGUUCAAAAAACAAUGUCCGAUCAAAAGUUGAAUAACAAAAUCUGUGAAAUUCUAAGCACUCCAUCCGAGUACGGUUACUUAGUACAUGAGAUUACAGAAAACACUUUAAAUACAGCAUCAGUGAAGAACUCUUUCAAUUAAAGAAUAUGUAAUAGAGGAUACAUGGAAUACAAAAAAUGUUUGAUUGUUCAAUUGAAAAAGAAGCAGAUGGAUAGACGACUUUUUAUUUGAUUGUUAGAUUAACGCUUGAUUAAAUUAUUAUACGUCCGCGAAAAACUGAUAAACUUUAUCAUCUUACGCUCACGGGGAAACUGUGAAAUUGUCAUAAACUUUUAGAUGUUAUGAAUUUUAAUACAUUUGUGGAAUGUACUUGGAGUUGGAUUGUCUGCGGUGUUCAUCGUGUUGGAAGAUUAACGAUAAGUUAACGCAGGAAGUAUACUCAGACGAUAAUCAAGAUAAAAUGUAAAGAGAGAAAGACGAAUGAAAGAAAAAUUCCAAAGUACACAAGUAAAAAUAAUAUAGAAAGUCUUUGCUCUCUUGAGUAAAUAAUCAAAAGUCUCAUUCGAUUGGUAAAUUAAACAAGAAGAGAAGUUCGGUCACGCAUAGGUGUUAGAGAAGCCCUGAAGGUAAUAAAAUAGCUCCGUGAUAAGAAUAACCUGCCGAAAAGGAGAAAAAAAGGGAAUCCAGGAGGAUAUCAGAAGGAAUAGAAACAAUCACUGCCGAAUUCCUAACAUGAUCAGAUGUUACCAAGAAUCUUGGAAUGAUCGAUCGACUCUAUAGACCCUUCAGAAAACGGAUGAAAUCACAUCUGCAGGCAUAUUGUUCCUAGGGCACAGCAGGGAUACAUGGUACAGAAGUAAAAGGGAAUGAUGGCGCAUGCUCUUCCAGGUCGUCCUGCGGGUACCGCGUAGUGGUGAAAAUCCAUAUCGCGUUGCUCUCAAGGAAUAGCGGAUAUCGUCGGCGUCCGGCGACGCGUACGGAUCGUCCAGGAUGCUCUUCAGGAGGUCUGCCCAACCAGGACAGAAGCCUAGAGAAUACAGAUCCUAUUGGGAUAUUUAAAUUUAAUUAAAAACAUACAGAUAUAUAUAUAUAUACAUAUAUAUACAUAUAGACUCAUAAUGGUAUCCGAAAUGGAAUCCAUCAUCACCUCCGUGGCUAAUGGCACCAAGCCGCUUGAAGGCAACUACAUCCACGAAGUACUCAACUAUAUCAACGAGCUAAAUAAAUCCCAUUACACCGAGGAGCUCAAGUGCCUCAGACUGAAGCACAUUGAUCCUAAGAGUCCGUAUGAUCUUCGUUGCGAAUUUGACUGGGAUGCAUUGCUCUGUUGGCCGCGUACACCACCUGGAACACUGGCCACAUUACCCUGCUUCGAUGAACUCAACGGAAUUAAAUAUGACAGCACACAAAAUGCCAGCAGAUGGUGCUGGUUGAACGGAACCUGGAGCUUUUCGAAUUAUUCGUUAUGUGCCGACGUAAGGACGCCCAACGUCGAGAGUGAUGUUGAGAUCACGACGAUGCUCUACUUCGUCGGCUACAGCCUCUCGCUCUUCACCCUUAUCGUCGCCGUUUCCAUAUUUUUAUAUUACAAGGAAUUAAGAUGUCUCCGUAACAAUAUACAUACGAAUUUAAUGUUCACGUAUAUACUGGCUGAUCUAAUGUGGAUACUAACGACCGCGAUGCAGAUCUCCUUACAAACGGACGUACCAACCUGCAUCGCAAUCUUCUCCCUCCUUCAUUACUUUCAUCUGACCAAUUUUUUCUGGAUGUUUGUCGAAGGAUUGUACCUGUACCUGCUAGUCGUAAAAACUUUUACUGGAGACAAUAUUAAAUUAAGACUCUGCCUUGUUAUAGGCUGGGGAUUGCCCCUUCUGGUAAUAGCCGUUUGGGCAAUCGCCAAGUCCCUCGCAGGCGUUUCGUCGCAGACGGGUAACCAGGUCGGGCUUUGGCGUCAUUGUCCCUGGAUGUCACCGCAUCCUUAUGACUGGUUUUAUCAGGCACCAGCCAUUAUCGUACUCGGUGUCAAUGUCAUAUUUCUCUUCAUGAUUAUGUGGGUUUUGAUAACCAAGCUGAGAUCAGCCAACAACGUCGAAACUCAGCAAUAUCGUAAAGCCAGCAAAGCCCUUCUCGUUUUAAUCCCAUUACUGGGCGUGACUUACAUCCUGGUAUUAGCCGGACCCACCGAAGGGCACGUGGCAAAUGUAUUUUCCUAUGCCAGGGCAAUAUUACUAUCCUCUCAGGGCCUCUCGGUAGCGUUGUUCUAUUGCUUCUUGAAUACCGAAGUACAGAACACCAUGAGACAUCAUUUCUCAAGAUGGAGCAACGCACGAAAUCUUGGGACCGAUCGGCGAUACUACAAUAACUGGUCGCCACGUUCAAGGACUGAAAGCAUAAGUUUUACGUCCUGAGGGGGCCCAUUUUGAUAUUUGCUCGAAGGCUAUAUUGCCAGCCGUCAAAUCCAUAUCGCAAGCGCGAAUCGACGGUGAGCGAAACCACAACCACCACGGUAAUUGGGCCCAAUUCUGCGACAGCCUUUUUGGAACGUAACAAGAAAGCCAUAUCCAAAGACCUGAACGAGUGAAGAUGCGAAGAGCGCACAACAACCCACUUCUUCGUUUUUCCUUGUUGCUCGUCAUUCUACAUAUAUCGAAGCCGGAGCUACUGCAGGAGACGAAGAGGAUAUCGUACCUUGAUGUGUAUCACUGUUUAUUAUAAAAUAGAAUUAUAUUCUAUAUAAUAAAGUAUUAUUGGUAUACUUGA